GGAAGUGGACGCGCGUCAUUGGCUGUUGAGCUGCUCUUCAGAGCUGUGCUCCUGCAUUCAUUCAAACGGCUGAGUUCAGAAGCGCGCGCAAGGAAAGGGCUGAUCUCCUUCGAGCUCUAAUUCAUGUUUCAUCCGUCUGUUCAUGAUUCUGUCAACUUAAUGUAAAGUUUCUCUAUUAUUCUUGACAUCUGUCUUCUCACAGACAUGACGAGACAGGAGUGAAGUAUCUGUUCUUGGCUGGAGCGUGAGGUUGGGCAGAGGAUGCUGGAGGAGGGUGAUGGAGAGUUGGAGGGGAUCGGUGGAGGAGGAGGAGAUGGGGGGCUUCAAGCAGAGGUGGAGAGGCUGGCGGCAGAACUCCAGGAAGCCAAUGAGGAGAAGUUACAGGCUGCACGGUACGGCCUGGCCGUUCUGGAGGAGAGCGCUGCGCUGAAGAUCAAACACAGCCAGCUGGAGGAAGAUCAUGAAGCCCUGAAGAUGGAAGUGCAACAGCUCAGAGAGGCUCUGGCAGACUCUGUGAGCAGCCAUAAGCGUGCAGCCGCAGAUGGGGAAAGUCGAGAAGAGAGGCUCCUGCAGGAGUCGGCCACUAAAGAGGCAGCCAUGGAGAUUCGCAUGGAUGAGCUGCAGGCGGAGCUUAAACAGGCCCGUGUCAUGCUGGCCAACACCUCGGCUGAAAACGAGCGUCUGGCCGGCCUCUCCACCCAGCUGAAGAAGGAGUGUGAGUGCUUGGAGGUGGAGAAGAACCGAAUAAGAGAGGAGAUGAAGGAGUACAAGACUCGAGAGGUGCAGCAGCUUCAGGAUAACAGUGAGCUGGAGGAGGAGAACAUCUCCCUGCAGAAACAAGUCUCGGUGCUUAAGGAGAACCAGGUGGAGUUUGAGUCAGUGAAGUUGGAGUUGACCCAUAAAGAUGAGGAGUUAGAGCUGAUGAGGGCACAGCUAGAAGAGGCCGGGCAUUUGAGGGAGAUUGCAGAGCGUCAGCUGGACGAGGCACUUGAGGCCCUAAAAGAGGAGAGGGAGCAGAAGAACAGCCUGAGACGAGAGCUCGCCGCCCUUACCCUCAACCCCUUUGACUCUUUUGGCCACUUAGAGCUACAGCUGGAUGACAGCCGGAAUGGAGAGAAGGACAAGGGAGGAGAGGAGGAGGAGGAGGAGGAGAUGGACAGUGGGUAUAAUAACUCCAAAGGGAUGGAGAGAAACAGGUGCUCCACACCCAGAAACAGCGGCGUGUUCCUCAGACCUCAGGCGCCUGGGCUGGUGGCCGAUCUCCUGAGUGAGCUGCACCUGUCAGACAGCCAGAAACUCAAGCAGCAGCUGCUGCAGGUGGAGAGAGAGAAAGCCACACUGAGCAGCGCUGUGCAUGACCUCCAGCAGCAGUUAUCCCAGUCUAAAGAUGCUCUCAGUGAGCAACAGGUGAAGAUGGAACAGCUGAGCCAACGUUUGGAGACCCUUCAGAGUACUGCCUCGAAAAGGCCUGCUGAACGAGAGAAUGGAAUGAGCCCGUCUCCCAGGCCUCUUCAGAACCAAGAAGCCGAAAAUGGCAUCAGCUACUAUGAAGUGGAUGCCAAAAGCACAGAGGUGCUAGAGUGCCGCAUGCAAGUGGCAAAUGAGGAUCUUGUGCGUCUGCAUGAGGAGCUGAAAGAGGCUGGCGAACGCUCCAAAGCCCUGGAGGAGUGCUACAAGCAGGAGAAAGAACGCUGGAGGGGUGAGGCAAAGGAACUCGCUGAUAAAAUACGACAGUGUAUCGCUGCUAGCCGACAGGAUCAGGAGCGAAUUGGACAGUUAGAACGGGAAAUUGGUGCCACACGACAGGUCGCCACUGACUCUGAAGGCCACCUCAGUGCUGCGCAGGAGGAGCUUCUGGCCUUCUCUGAGGAGCUGGCCAACCUUUACCAUCAUGUGUGUGUUUGUAACAACCUCACGCCCAGUCGCGUUACACUGGAUUACUAUCGUGAAGGAGCACAAGCGGGCAGAACGCACAACCAUUCGCAGCUGCACCACUAUCGUGGAUCCCUCCGCAGGCACAGGCGGUCGGGUGAAGUGUUGGACCUGGGCAGUGGAGGAAGCGGAGACACAUCAUCUAGCUGCGGAAGUUGUCCAGGGUCUCCUACACUAGACUUCAGGGACCCAACCAAUGUGCGCAAUCUGGUAGCUGUCAUACGAUGCCAGAUUAAACAUUUACAGGUGGCGGUGGACCUGUGCAGGCAGCGUAACCUGUUGUCCUCUCCAGCAGCAGGAGGGAGCACUGAAUCAGACCGUGACACAGAGGCACUGAUUGAGGAGGUGCUAAAACUGAAGUCCCUCCUGAGCACCAAGAGAGAGCAGAUAGCCACGCUCAGAACUGUCCUAAAGGCCAAUAAGCAGACAGCCGAGUUGGCUUUAACCAACCUGAAGACAAAGUAUGAGACUGAGAAGAGUAUGGUGACAGAGACUAUGAUGAAGCUGAGAAAUGAACUGAAGGCCCUGAAGGAGGAUGCAGCCACCUUCUCCUCCCUUCGCGUCAUGUUCGCAAGCAGAUGUGACCAGUAUGUAACUCAGUUAGAUGAGAUGCAGAGACAGCUCGCCGCUGCUGAGGAUGAGAAAAAGACGCUCAACUCUCUCCUCCGCAUGGCCAUUCAGCAGAAGCUGGCACUGACCCAGCAGCUGGAGGACCUGGAGGCCCCUCUGUCCCCUCUCAGUAACGGUGGCAGCCCGCACCACUCCCGGACCAAGCAUCUGUCCAAAUCAGGCCGAGCCCCGCGGAGCCCCAUGAGAAGCAGUCCACACUCCAGUCCGCUGCUAGUGCCUGCCGGCCCGCAGAACACGAGCAGCCACAUGAGGGCGCUCUCACGCAGCCUUCACUGCAGCCCCAGAUGAAAUCCUCCUUGUGUCUCCCUCUGUGCUCCAGUACACAUGGACCAUGUUCAUGCCCAGUUCAUGAACACCCUUACCCUGCAGACCUGUCCUCACCUCAUUGGAUCUCUCUCUCGUCAUGUCUCUCGUGCCUCUCCUUCCACCUUGUCUCUCGCCUGUUUUUUCAUAUGGUUGUCUUCCGUUUGUCUGGAUCAAGUCGUUCAGCUUCAAGAUAUUGAAAGCUGAACACAGUCAUUUCAUGCCAUCAGAUUUUUCCUUAUUCAUGAACACGUGUACCAAACCAAAAACACUUGGAGAUCAGUAUUGUUUAGUCUAACUGGCUGUGACUGACCUUUUCUUAUACAAGCCAUAGAUAAAUACACCUUGUUUUGGUUUUAGCCUUUAAAAACUGAUUUUUUUUAGCUAUCAUGGAGGACGUUCCUCUGGUAUAACUGACCAGUUGUGCAGUUCUACUAUUGGUUGUUGACGUAUAACUUGCCCUGGCCUUUAAAGACCGCUACAGUGAAGUACAAAACAAACUAACACAUACAACCAGUAAACAGAACAAUCAACUAUGCAUAGGUACAAAGACUUUUGCUGCUAAUUAGCUCAUGCAAAAUAAAUAAAUAAAUACAAUUACCAAACUGCCAGUUUAUUCUGCCUACAACACAGUUAACCAACAGCACUGUUAGACAAAUGUGCUUCAUUUUUAAAUAGGACAGUGGUAAACUUGUAAUGGUUGUGUUCAUGUCAAAGGGAACACGUUGACUGGGGAAAAAGUGUAAUGGGAUUUAAAAUAGUGCCUUAAUACUUUGAUGUUUUGUGUGAAAAUUUGUAGAUAAUAGCUUUAAUAUUUUGUUUAUUGAAUUGAUGUUAAGGGUUUAAGUUGUUUUAAGACUAAUUAUGGACUUUUGUUUAUGCACGUAUGUACAGAUAAUGUUACAUUCCCGGCAAUAGGCUUGUUUUGUUAAAAAUAUAAUUUCACUGUUCUUGUCAGAACCGUGUGUGUAUUUGUAAGAUGUUGUGUUGACCUGCCCGUCAACACUUUCAUCUCCGUCUUUCAUGAUAUUUCCAUAUAGAAAAAAGCUUCCUAUUGUAUUUUUUUUUAUGGUUCUGUUAAUUUUUUUAACCUGAUUUUCUUUUAUAUUCUAUUGUUCAGCCCUACAGAAUGGUAAUUUCCAUGCAAUA